AUGACUUCCCUCUACAAUCAAUCGGUUCCCGUCUUUACCAAAUAUCUCCACAGGAUGUCGGGCUUGGUAGAGAAAGCCAAGGCGCAUGCAGACGAGAAGUCGAUCGCGCACGAUGACAUCCUGAACUACCGAAUGAUGUCCGACAUGAGGGGCCUCAUCUGGCAAGUGCAGUCCUGCUGCAACACGGUCGUCUGGUACGUGGACCGCGUUGGUGGCCUGGAGCACGUCGCCGUCGAGGACAACGAGACGACAUUCGACCAGCUGUUCCAGCGCAUCGAGAGGACCGCGGCCCACCUCGGCAAGAUCGACGCCAAGGCGCUGGACGACAAGGUGGCCACGCCCAUAGAGAUACACAUCAGGGCCGGCGACUUUCGUUUCGACAACGCGCAGACUUACUUGACCGAGUACGCCAUCCCGUACUUUCACUUCCAUCUCACGAGCGCGUACUGUAUCUUGAGAUCCCAAGGCGUGCCGCUCGGGCCUCUGGACUACUUGACGAUUGUCGAUCACAAGAUGUAA